AUGAGUUGCCUGAAAAAGUGUCUAGUGUUUUCGCUUCUCGCCACAGUGCUGUUGUCUGCCAUUCUUUUGCUGCUGUGGAUAUGGUUGGGUACGGAAACGAUUCCCAAUCAAAUUCGGGAUCCUCACCUCGUUGAGGGACAGGCAUUCGAUUACAUUAUUGUUGGUGGUGGAACGGCGGGUUGCGUUCUCGCCAAUCGACUUUCGGCAGAUCCAAACGUGACCGUGCUGCUCGUGGAGGCGGGCGAUAACUUUGGUGCGGCUUCCAUAAUACCGUUAAUUAGUACUGCAAUGCAAGGGACCAAAUAUGACUGGGCGUUUCGAACGACUCCACAAAAGUACUCGUCGCACGGAUUGGGCAAUAAUCAACAACUGUUACCACGUGGCAAAGGGCUCGGUGGCUCGGGGCAGAUUAAUUAUAUGCUGCACUUUACCGGCGUUCCGGAGGAUUUUGAACGUUGGGAACGGAGUGGUGCAUUCGAUUGGAACUGGCACGCAAUGAAACCUUACAUUGAUCAGCUUGAACAACCGUCGAUGGCCAGGCAUCAUGCGGAGCCGGAAUGUUCGGGAACCCGCGAAAACGUGAUGGAAUGCCAACAGGACCUAACAGGGGACGAUCUUUACCAGACAAAUACUUAUGCAUCCAUUUUGAAUCCGGAGAACGAUGAGCACGCAAGUAUCAGCCUCUGUGCAACGAAAAACCGACCUAACGCCCCUCACGUUACCCGUACCAAUGGUUUACUUGUCACGGAAGUUAAUCCUCAGGACUCACUUUUGGCGAAGGUGUUCACAGAAGCACCAUCAGAACUUGGACGGGAAUAUCUUUUUAAACCAGCUCGCUACACCAUCCACAAUGGCAUUCGCUGGAGUAGCUAUCACGCUUAUCUACGGCCCGCAUUCGGCCGUCCGAAUUUAACCAUCCUUACCUCCACAUCUGUGGCGAAGGUUCUGUUCGAUGAGCGUAAACGAACCAAGGGUAUAGCGAUACAGGGCAUCGAGCAUUUGAUUGCCGUUAAAGCUCACCGUGAAGUGAUCCUCAGCGCAGGGGCAUUGCAUACACCGCAAAUACUAAAGCUCUCCGGCAUCGGACCGAAGCUAGAGCUCCAGCGUCACGGUAUCGAACUGGUGCAUGAUUCGUCCAACGUGGGCCAGAACUACUUUGACCAUCUCAAUCUGCCACUGUUCGUAAGCAUCGGCGUUAAAGCUAGCGUUACGCUGGACAAAGUUCUUUCGUUCGAAUCGAUCGUACAGUAUCUCAACCAUGGAAAAGGGGUCCUCGCCAAUACGGCCAUUGCCGGUAUCGGUGGUCCACGUGGCGGACGACACGGCAUCAUCCUGUUCGGGAUGGGCAGUGUCGACGAGCAGGCGCUACGUCAUGUGUCCAACAUGGAGCAGGACACGUUCCGCGCUUUUUUCCCCUUCUACCGCAAUUCCAGCCAGGAGGGUUUCCUGUUCCUGAGCACCUGCCAUCAACCACGGAGCCGGGGUGCGAUCUUCCUCCGCGAUCGGCACAUUGGCAGUGAACCGUUUUUCAAUCCCAACUAUCUGAAGGAUCGUAGCGACAUCGAAUGCAUGAUGGCAGCGAUCCGCCUGGUAGCGAGAACCGUGCGCACCGAAGCCUUCCGGAAAAUUGGAGCUCAACUGCACUGGCCUCGCAUUAAGCGAUGUUCCAACUUUGGACCCCCGGACAAUGUUGUCCAGCAGCCGUCGGAUCGGUACCUAGAGUGUAUUUUACGUACGUCAGCCCUCACAGGACAUCAUCCCGGUGGUACGGCUGCCAUUGGGGAUGGCGCGGAUGCUGUUGUCGAUAAUCAACUAAGGGUAAACGGUGUUCAUGGACUGCGCGUUGUUGAUGCAAGUAUUUUUCCAACCCCGGUAUCAGGAACGCCAAACUCGGUUGUGAUUGCGGUGGCAGAAAAAGGAAGUGAUUUGAUAUUGAAGGGCGACCACUAAUUCACUAAAUCCUUUCAAACGGAGCAUAUAAUGUACAAUCUAAUUUUUCUCUUGCAUUUGUUUGGGAAGCUUUCGAAAAAGGGAAAAAUAAAUGUUUUACAAUAAG